AUGGCUGCUGUGACCGUUCCUCAGAUCACAGCAAAGCUCGCUAGUCAGUGCCCGGUCCUUAGCACAGCUAGGGUAGCGGUUAAGUCCCGAGCGAUGGUGGCAUGUAUUAUCCGCCCUGGUCCCCAACCAUUGGACCCUGCCGAGAUGCUCCUUAUACGGCGAGCAGCGCGGGAGGGCGAUCCUUGGUCUGGUCAGACGGCCUUCCCUGGUGGACGCUGUGAUGUUGAUGAUGGUGGCUGCGACUUCACAACUGUUUGCCGAGAAGUCCGCGAGGAGCUGGGAGUAGACCUGACGAAUGAGGAGCGAUACAGAUACCUAGGGCGGGUCCGAGAUAUGGAGACCUUCAAGUCCCGCAAGGUUAAUAUGGUCAUUGGAUGCUUUGUAUAUGAGCAGCUGAUCCCUGAGCCCUUCACGUUAGCUUUAGACGAGGUAGCGGCCUGUGGUUGGUUACCGCUCACUGCUAUUGCAUGUGCUGGGCAGAAGGACGUAAAAGAGGUGAAGUGGAGUGUGCCUAAGGACACGUCUAUGUAUCGGUAUCUGCAUCUUCUGGGCCUUACAGACCUCACAUUACCAUCGCUUGUGGUGAGUCUAAGAGACGCUACCAAGGUCCGCUCAGACGUUGAUGUGGACCACUUGCCUCUCUGGGGGAUGACGCUGUGUUUUUCGGAGAUGCUUACUAUGGAACCAUCCGCUGGCCUGAGCCCUUACAGGUGUCUACCCUUGGUGGGCUAUAGGAUACCGCAUAUAUUCAACUCGGUGUUCCACGAUAUGCUCUACACUCUAUAUGUAGCGACAUGGCGGAAGGACCUCACUCUCCAUGGGUCUGACGUGGUCAUUGGGUAUCUGCCAUUUUUACAUUGUCUCUGUGGUGGAGCAGCAGUAGCUGGUGCUGGUCUGGGAUACUUGACUCUCCGGAGUAGGCUUUGA